AUGGAAUUAAAGCAUAACAACGUAUUUAUUACUAAUCUUCAAAAAAAUGAUGUUAAUGCUGAAGAACGUCUUUCAUCUUUCAUGAGAGCACGUAAACGUAGUAUAAUUGGUAAUGGUUUUGUAAUGGAAAAAGAAGAUAAUAAUGAAGUAACUGUUCAUGUUGUUAAUAAAAUAGAUUCUGAAUCAAGUUCACUUAAAACAAAAGUUCCAUAUGUUCCAUUACAUAAAUUAUCUGCUCCUAUUGAAGCCAAAGAACAUUUUCAAUUGUUAAAAGAUUUAAUUGACCAUGAGAAGAAUAUUUCAAAGGAAGAUGGUGAUAGUAACGAAAAUUUAAAGCAAUCUUAA